GAUGGGAAAUUCUAUUGACAUCAAUUGCCCGCACGGUGCAUUUUGGGCGAUAUCACUCCUUCACGGAGUAAAUGAGACUUAAUUGGACGCUGUUUCGAAAAAGCAUGAAAUAGCAUGAAUUGCGUGAGCAAAAUUACACAUAUUUUUCGAGAUAUUAGAUAUUUAACUUGUUCUCUAUAAUAUCGUGUAGCUUUGAAAUUACGUUAUUUUGAGGAAAAUAGCCAAGUUUCUCGACUCAAACUCUUGACUUUUUAGAAGGGAUUGCUUGACGAAUAGCGUAGCAACUGCGUGACGCAGUAGAACAACCUGAACACGAUUGGUCAAUAGUCUGCUGGGCGGUGCUUUACACGUUGUUCCAGUCAUUUCCGGCUAGGUUUCUUCUCUCUUCCUUUUCUAAUAUCUCUGGAACAACGCAAAGCAGAAUUUGCUCUACAGCUCUCGUAAAAUCCUUGUCAUUUAGCAAGAAAUCUGUUCAUUAGUGACAUUAACUCUAUUUGGCUUAAGAUAACACAUCUAAACGGUUUCAUUAUCGUGUCUAAUUCGGGAAACGAUAGAAGGAGACUGUUUGUCGUCGUAAACGUGUUGCUAGCUAAGAUUAUUGCUCGACAUCUGACUGUCUGAAUACUGCUGCUGUCAAAGACUGAAACUCUGGGCUGCUGUCAUGGAUCAAAUAGGGAUCACUGCAGAAGGACCAAAGAGUCCAUGGGGCGCCACCACUACCAAGGCGGUGUCACCCUGUUCCCUCGCUGACGUCAUGAGCGAGCAGCUGGCAAAGCAACUGGAUGAGGAAAGCAAUGCUUUCCCUGAUUCCCCAGAUGUCAAUGCUGCUCUGGAUGCCGGUGAGGAGCCAGAAACGGACUGUGAUCUGAUGCUGGCUCAGAUGCUGCAGAUGCAGUUUGACAAGGAGUUUGACACCCAGCUGCGCACGGAAGAAAAAAAAUUAAACGGGGAUAGCAAACUGUCCAUCUCCUUUGAGAACUAUCGCAUGGUGCACCCUUACGAGGAUAGCGACAGCUCCGAGGAUGAAGUUGAUUGGCAAGACACUCGCCACGACCCCUACAAAGCCGAUAAGCCCACGACAACUCCAAGAAAAGGCUUUACUGGGAAAGGCAAGAACAUCACUACUAAGCACGAUGAGGUUGUGUGUGGCAGGAAGAAUACUGCACGCAUGGACAAUUUUGCCCCAGAGAUCAAUGUGGGAGAUGGGCUUGGCAUGGACCUGAAGCUCUCUAACCAGGUGUACAACUCCCUGAAGCAACACUGCCACUCUGAGCAGCGUCGCAGUGCCCGACUGCAUGACAAAAAGGAGCACUCCACUGCUGAACAAGCAGUGGACCCAAGGACCCGUCUGCUCAUGUACAAAAUGGUGAACGCAGGCGUUCUGGAGAACAUCAACGGCUGCAUCAGCACUGGAAAGGAGUCUGUGGUGUUCCACGCAGAUGGGGGAAGCAUGGAGGAGAAGGCUGUCCCAGAUGAGUGUGUACUCAAGGUCUUCAAGACCACACUCAAUGAGUUCAAGAACCGCGACAAGUACAUCAAGGACGACUACCGCUUCAAGGAACGCUUCAGCAAGCUGAAUCCCCGCAAGAUCAUCCGUCUCUGGGCUGAGAAAGAGAUGCACAACCUGGCUCGUAUGAAAAAGGCUGACAUCCCAUGCCCUGAGGUGGUGAUUCUGAAGAAGCACAUCCUGGUGAUGUCGUUCAUUGGCAAGGACCAUGUGCCGGCUCCCAAACUGAAAGAAGCCAUGUUGGGCUCUGAGGACAUGAACAGGGCCUACUACCAAGUGCUUCAUAUGAUGCAACAGUUGUAUCACGAGUGUAACCUCGUCCACGCCGACCUGAGCGAAUACAACAUGCUGUGGCAUCAGGGGAAGGUUUGGCUAAUUGAUGUAAGUCAGUCCAUUGAGCCCAAUCACCCUCAUGGCCUUGAGUUCCUGUUCAGGGACUGCAGGAACGUGUCUACGUUCUUCCAGAAGGGCGGGGUGUCGGAAGCCAUGAAUGUGUACGAGCUCUUCAACGUCGUGUCUGGGCUGCAGCUCAGCGGUGACAGCGAAGCAGACUUCCUUGCCCAGAUCGAGGCACUGGAGAAGAUGAAUGAAGACCACGUGCAGAGAAGGGGCAAGAAAACCUACUCCAGCACCAGUGACGGAGGGCCUCCCCUAUUACACCACGAGGAUGAUUAACGAUGAGAUGUUAGACACCAUGAUUAGCUCCAUGGAUCCUGUUCAGUUGAUUCUGUUUGAGAGAAUGGGCGAGUAAACCCCCACCCAAAGGUCUUUCAUCACAAUGAGGGACACAAGGUCGAAAGGUCACUGCAUCCCAAGAUGCUACACUGGGGGCAGUGGGCUGAAAAGUCCCAUACACCUCCAUGGAUUGUCAACAUCUCAUUCCAUUACUACGUUUGUAGAUGGAAUGGAUGGGGACGUCUAAGGGGGACAUGACGGAUGCAUCUACAUGCGUACACAAUUAUUGCUUUUUAAAAAAUUUGAUGGUAUUCAGCAUUCAUGACAUGAAGUUAUCUUCACAGGUGAACUGGGCUCGAAUGAAAAUAGCUUUGCGUUAUAUGAAUGGAACAAAUUGCAAUCCAACAUUUGGUGAAGAGCCCUAGUUGGUGUCAGUUAAUAUUUUAAUCAUGAAAGGUGCAGUCAUGAAUGAAGACACAAUUAAUUGUUUUUCAUUGGCACCAAUAUGCAUUGCGGUCUAUUGAUCGUACAAGGGAGCUGUGUUUUCUGUGAUCUCCAACUUCAAUAUAAUGGUGGAAAUAAAUUGCAUACAUUUUUGUUAUGCUUUGUCAUUAAUUUUCCUUUGCUCUGGACAAAUCGAGCAGCAGCUUGACGGGAGACACCAAACUGCUCUUAAACUAGGAGUUAUAAAAAAAUACAAGCAAUCUAUAUGUAACUAUAACAUGUCAAUAUUACUCAGUCAGCCAGUCCAACUUGUAUAAAAGCCUGCAGAAACCACCUAUAUCUUGUUUGAGUGUUUGAUUACAGUUUGACAAUCGACUUUUAUUUUGAAAGUAGCGUUUAGCCGCAUGUUGGAAAUGUCUAACUUGCUAACCUAGGCGGAAGAGUCGGAUCCCGAGUUUCCCACCAGGGAGGUACUAGAAUCAACAAAUAGGAAGCUUUACGCAAAUAAUUUACUUUUAACUCGGAGGUCCCGAGUUUUCGACAUAUGAACGCAGCAUUAGCAGAUACAGCAUUUACCAAAAAUUAUUAUAACUAAACCAAGAUAGGAAACUACAGACUGGUCCAUGUGAACAAAUGUGUCAUUUUGGGCAGAACAAGGAGGGGGCAUCUGUAUAUUUCCGUUAGGGAACGCCUACUUUGAAGUGCGCGUGUGCAAUAACUCAAUUCGCCUUAGCACUCCUAAAUAACGCAAUAUAAAACGUGUUUUGGUAAAGUCUACUAAACUUAUUCCAAUCAGUUCAUAACAUAUUUUCGUUUUAGUAACCGAAAACUGUAUUGAGAUUAAAUGUUUUGUCGAUGAGAAAAUGUGCAGAAUGUCGGUUAAAAUCCAUCUCCCGCUGCCGGCCACUGGGCUGUAGUGAGUGGACACGCCAAGCUUAAAGAUUUAUACAUCCGGUGAAAUAUAUGUCAUUCUAUGUGGCAUUAAUAUAUUAUGUGAGUCACGUGACUGUCACAUGAUUUUGAAACCGGAACUUGCCGUAGAGAGGCUUUGGACAAUUAAUUUAUGAAAUGCAGAGCAAACACUGACAACUAACUGCAAUACAUAAUAGUCAGCAAAGCUAAAGGUUCACAAUGAGUGAGGAACACUACUACCUGGAACUUUGUGAAAAUCCUGUGCAAUUUGAAAAUGCCUCAAGCGUCAACAAUGUGUUUUUUGACGAAGCAAACAAACAGGUACAUUAACGUUACUAACGUUAAUAGCCAAGGCUAGCUAGAAGGAUAUGCUCAGCUAUGGUGGUUACUCCAGAAACAGUUAGCGCGAUUAUAGCUAGCUAAAUAAAUCAUAUUUUAUCUUGAUUUUACUUUCAGCUUGGUAGCUACUGCAGUAUGCUGGCUUAUGUGAACGCAAUUACAAAUAACUAGCUUUGAUGAGGGUGGCAGUCAAACUGUUGAUUCCCAUGUUGCAGCUUGGUGAAGGUCCUAAAGUGUAGCCAUACAGUAUGGCUAAUUAAUAUGGUAGACGAAUUAGUGAACUUCAGUCAACAUUUAACGCAUGUCUCUGGUAGUACAUUCAACAGCUAAACAAGGCAGGUUAGAUGAGCAUUAACCCUCAUUCUAAUGGUUCAGGUAGACGUUACACUGUCCUCCUAAUGUAAUGGAUACCAGGCUCCAAAUCCUUUUAUAUAUUGAUUGUUCUCUAUUUACCCUGGUUGCUCCUUCAGGUGUUUGCAGUGCGAUCAGGGGGUGCCACUGGGGUUGUGGUUAAAGGACCAGAGGACAAAAGCUCAGUUGCCUUCAGAAUGGAUGACAAAGGAGAGGUGAAGUGCAUCAAGUUUUCAAUCGGAAAUAAGAUUUUGGCAGUUCAGAGAACACCAAAAUCUGUGGAUUUCAUAAACUUCAUACCGGACUAUCCACAUUUGGAAUUCUCCCAGGAAUGUAAGAUGAAGAAUGCCAGUAUUUUGGGCUUCUGUUGGACUAACUGGAAUGAAAUCGUUUUCAUCACUGACCAGGGAAUUGAGUUCUACCAGGUGCUUCCUGACAAGCGUAGCCUGAAGCUGCUGAAGAGUCAGAGCAUCAAUGUGAACUGGUACAUGUACUGUCCUGAGACUGCAGUCAUUCUACUUUCUACCACCUUCCAGGGCAAUGUGCUGCAGCCGUUUGCCUUCAAAAGUGGGACCAUGUCUAAAAUGUCCAAGUUUGAGAUCGAGCUUCCUGUGGUUCCCAAGCCAGCCAAGCUCAAUCUGUCAGAGAGGGACAUUGCUGUGGCCAACAUUUACGGUCAGCUGUAUGUAAUGUAUCUGAAGCAUCACUCCAGAACUACCGACAGUCCCUGUGCUGAGGUGAUCCUCUAUCAGCUACCCAGGGAGGGAUCCUGUAAGAAGACCAACGUGUUAAAACUCAACACCACAGGGAAGUUUGCCCUCAACGUGGUGGAUAACCUGGUGGUAGUGCAUCAUCAGAGCACUCAGACCUCCAUCAUAUUUGACAUCAAGCUACGGGAGCCCGACUGUGCCCUGAACGUCCACCAGCCUGUGCUGCCUCCUCGCUCCAUACACCCCUACAGGAUUCCCCUCACAGGUCCUUCUGCUGUACCCAGCCAGCCUCCGGUGCCUUGUGAGCUCUACUCCUCAUCUUGGAGUGUCUUUCAACCCGACAUCAUCAUCAGUGCAAGCGAAGGAUAUCAGUGGUAUCUGCAGGUGAAGCUGCCGCCCACCGUCAACCUCUUGCAGGACAAGGGCAAGCUGAUCGACUUCCUCCUGCGCAGACGAGACUGCAAGAUGGUCAUCCUGUCUGUGUGCUCACAAAUGCUCAACGGGGAAGACAAGGGGAGCUUACCAGUGGUGGCCACAGUGUUCGACAAACUCAACCAAGUCUUCAAAGAGUACCUGGAGGCAGAGCAGACCUACACUGUGGCUAUGGAGUCUGGUCCCAGCCGAGGGAGCACUGCUCGGGAGAGGCCUGUCCGGACGCAGGCGGUUAUCGACCAGUCCGACAUGUACACACACGUCCUGUCCUCCUUCACAGAGAAAAAGGACGUAUCUCACAAAUUCAUCAUUGCUGUGCUGAUGGAGUACAUCCGCUCACUCAACCAGGUCCAGAUCACUGUGCAGCAUUACCUGUAUGAGCUGGUCAUUAAGACCUUGGUUCAUCACAGUCUCUUCUACAUGCUUCAUCAGUUCCUCCAGUACCACGUCCUCAGUGACUCUAAACCUCUGGCCUGUUUGCUGCUGUCUCUAGAAGGCACUUACCCCGCUGCACACCAGCUCUCCCUGGACAUGUUAAAGAGACUGUCCACGGCCAACGAUGAGAUCGUGGAGGUGCUCCUGUCCAAACAGCAGGUGCUGGGUGCUCUGCGCUUCAUCCGCAGCGUGGGCGGCAACGACAACAUCUCCGCUCGCAAGUUCCUGGACGCGGCGCUCCAGACGGCCGACCAGAUGCUCUUCUACACCAUCUUCCGGUUCUUUGAGCAGAGGAACCUGCGCCUGAGAGGCAGCCCCAGCUUCAACCCAGGUGAGCACUGUGAGGAACACGUGGUAUACUUCAAGCAAGUUUUCGGGGAGCAAGCACUCAUGAAGCAAGCAACAGUUUGAGCUGUGACAUUUCAUCUUAUCCCACAGCCCGUCUAACUUAUUGUAAAUGGUUGAAAUCAUGCUAAUAAAGUCAUUUGUACAUACUCUUAACAAUCAA